AUGCGCCCAGCAGAUGGAGGAGAAAAUUUCAUAUCAAAAUGGAGGACGACCCGGGGCUGGCUCCCGCGGACGUUGCACCGCCCAUAUCUCCUCGUUCUUGCAGGUCUGUUAAUGUUCAUGCUCGGGGCUGUGGAGCUCUUGCGACAGUGGGCUCGAAGACAGGGUGGUAUCGUCCACUGGGCAUACUCAUCGGAUCUACCAACCGCCAUCUGGGGAGCAUACACCUAUCUUCCCCUCAUUUUUGCUCUGAUGGCAAUCAAUCUCUUCGAUAUGUGCGCUCAAGAUGUCCUGAGACUCGAACCGUUCCUACAGCUGGCUAAGCCUCAGGGGGCUCCGGCCUCGAUUCUUUUCACCAACUAUUGCUCCAACACCUUAGCGGCAUCGUUUAUGGCGUUCAGGAAUCGAAACUGGAUCGUACUGUGCAUUGCGCCGGUAUCGCUCGUCUUUCGCAUGUUUCUGCCGACCUUAUUAGCCGGUCUAGUCGAUCUGGACGACGGAAUUUGGACCGAGAACAAAGUCGUCAAUACAUGGCCGUCCGUCAUCGACCUGGACUCGCAGAGAGUUUGGCUAUCGGUGGGAUCGGCCGACAAUGGGCCCCUAAGCUCGCCCGAACUCAACAGCUUUUUCAUGCCAGACCCCGAGGACUUCACCACCGCCCCUGUAUCGCUGCCGGAUGACCAGAACAACUCGUCGCUCCUGAGUCUGACUCAAGAUGUCUACUGGGCCGGCUUGACUUGCCCCGGCCACUCCGCGGGAAGUAUUCUCCCUCAACCAGUGGCUGAUGCCAGCUUGACAUCCCAUCUACCGGCUGGGCAGCGACUCUUGUCGUGGAACAUCGAGAGCGCCGUCAUGGGAAACAAUGGGGAUAGGUCUGCCGGUCCCCACUGUGAACUCGACGUCAGUCUGAAUACAACAAUCGAUUUUGACUCCGCGGCGCUUCAGGCACGGUUCUGGCAACCUGUGGACUCAUCAGGGACUCUGCCGCCCUCCUCAGCGCUCACCCAGAAGGGAUGCAGUAGUCAAUUUAAUAUUUUUGGGGUCCUGAUUGACAUGAACAUUGCUUCGGGCAAGAUCUCCAGUGCUAACUACACUGUGUUCGCAUGUUCGACAUUGUACCAACAAGCAUUGGCCGACGUCACCCUAAAUGCAAAUGCCACUGUGACGAGUGCGAACAUGACACCGAUCGCCGUGAAGCCGCUCGACUCGCAGAAGUUCUAUGUGAAUGGGGUUCAUGAUUUGAUUGUAUCUCGUUCGCUUGCCGAGUCGGGCCCAAAGAAGAACGUUCCUAUGAACAGUACUUCAGGGGUCGCUCUCGCAACGAGGUCGAUAAAAAGCGCAAGCUCAUUUCAAGAGGAAAUCCGCCGCUAUUGGAAUUACGAAUUCAUUGUUACCAUUGACCGCUUCUUCAGCCCCGGUGGACUCCCCACACCUGCGGAUGCUCAACAGAAAAGCGAAGUGGUUAUAUUGAUGAUUGCUGCAGAUGCCGUCUCAGUCGCAGAGGCUAUUCUUGGCAUGGGUCUUGUUGCGAUCGCUGUCAUGCUUUGGAUCUACCCAAAGCGACCCAAUUUCAUGCAGUGGGAUCCUGGAUCCAUCAGUGCCCAAUGUACAAUCAUUGCUAGUCUCUUCGAUUCACAGACCAAGAUCUUAUUUUCAGAGGCCAAAUUGCACAUGGCAAACACCAGGCAACUCAAGAGAUGGGCCCGGGGCAAAGCAUGCGAGUGGCAUGUGGAAAAUGGCGUUGAAAAGCUUCGCAUUGUUGAUCGACCCGAGCCUGCCCCUAAGUGGCCGUUACGUGCCAUUCCAAACCGGCCGGACCCGAUGCCGCAUUUUUUGCGACCUCUGAUUUUCCUAGCUGAAUGCUUCAUCAUUGCGUCGAUUCUCUCGUUCUUUGGGGUGAGCUUGUCAUACAUUCGCUGGAAGUCCAUCAACUCCUUUUUCAGCACUGGAGCCACGGUAGCAAUGGUAUUUCUCAAUUUCGGUCCUACUGCAAUCGCGUCGAUCAUCGGCUCCUUCUUGGUCUCGAUCUAUCGCAAUUUGACCGCGAUGGAACCAUGGAUUCGGUUGCAAGAUGGGAUGGCCAAUGCGCGGCAAUCCAUCGUUGAAAAUUAUGCGAUUCAGACCCCGUUUGUCCCACUCUUCAAGCAACGACAUCGUAAGCCCGGGAUAUUGUUGUUUGUUUCAAUUGUUUGUGUUGGUGAUCUUGUGCUCCGCAUCCUCAGUGGCGGCAUUUUCAUGCCUCAACUCAGACGAUACUCUACGCCCACUCAAGCACUAUCACAUGUGUAUAACACCACUCUUUUAUUCAACACACAAAACACUAACAUCGACAUUUCGCUCGUCGCCACUAGCAAGCUUCUGAACAAUGUCACGAUUCUUCCAUGGGUGACCGUUGACGGCAGCUACUUCUUCGCUCCUUAUGAUGUUUAUAACGGGGCGGAUGACAACUAUCCCAUUUAUGUUACCACGACGCGAGGGUUUGGAGUUGACUUGCGCUGCGAAGAGUUACCGCUUACAUCGUCCUCUGGUCACAUAUCUUGGAAUUAUACGAUACCCGUGGGAUCCGCCAAUCAGACCUGCAACGUUGAUCUUCCAAUAACGGAAAGGUUCAAGACGAGCAUGAAAAAAACAGUGCGUUAUUUCGCGCCGAAUGGGACAAGCCCAGCCUGUCAGGAGUCCAGCCUCUUUGUCUUGGGAUCCUGGGAGGGACAGGAUCGGAAAGAUAAAGACAAAUCUCCGCUGAUUGCGAUGCAUUGCGAGCCAACACUACAAAUCAAAGAUUUUCGAGUCGAGUUCGACGCAGACGGAACGAUUGUGAUCAUGAACCCAAUCGUCGGAAGUGAGCUUACGAGUGGUGAGCUGUACCAAAAUGCUUCGCAUGUGUUGAAAAGCUUUAAUCAACUGUUGCUGGGUCCGCACGGAACGCUUCCAUCGCGAUACCGCCAGGCCAUGAUUGGUCACCACAAUUACCACUUCCAUCACCACGACUGGCCUGGUGGCUUGACCAGCAACUCCUACACCAACAAAUAUCCCAAGGACAAGAGUCUGCAUUCCACUCAUUUCAUCCCGGUCGUGCAGGCCGUGUACAAGACAAGUUUCACGACGCAUCUUGCUCUGUGGAGAGAACAAUAUUUCGAUCGUCUCCCGACAGACACACGAUACCCAGCACGUGGAAAUGUCCUCGAUAGCUAUUGGGGCUUCAUCCCGGUCACCAGCCUGGUAGUCAUCAUCGUCUGUCUACUGUCAGUUGACGCUGUCGCGCUCAUGACCGUCUUCACCGUCCGAUACAAUCGCUACCGAGGUCAUCGCGUCCCCCGCACCCUCGGCUCUCUAAUCCCCUGGGUCGUCGAGAGUCGCAUGCUCGCCGAUCUAGAAGGCACAUGGGAGAUGAGCGGUAGCGAGCGGGACAAGUACGUGCUUGAACAGGGUCGGAAAUAUCGCGUCGGAGACUUUUCGGCGCGUGGCGGCCCGCCCUGGGCUUUGGAUUAUGACGAUGAUGCCGGUCCAGCUCAUGCUGUUCGAGAGUCGGAUAUCGAGUUGCGGGAUCGACCGCCUGGGCACAGAUGA